AGCAGCAGCGCACUGUUUGUUCCGCGCAGUGUUUUUCUGUCAGUCUCACUCUAGCAGCCAGCCUUGUUUGUUCGCUUUUCCAGUUCAGUGGUAGUAAAUAAAUAACGAUCCCGCCUGGUUGCGCACGAGAAAAUCUAAUAAAACGUAGUUUAGUAGUGGUUUGGUUUAGUGCUGCUUAUUUUGAUAUAAGGUGUUAAGUUUUUAGUGCCCAAAACGAACUUUUCGCGUCACACAGAUUCGUGUUUGUUGGCGAAAAGUGAAAACAUUCAUCUGCUUGAGCGUGGUUUGGAAAGGGCAUCUACGACUGACCAGCGAACAAGAGCCCUUUGCCCCCUACAGGAAAUUUGCGCAGUCCUACUACUCGGUGGUUGGAACAAUAAAUGGCCAUGAGCCUGAUGUCGGACGGUGGAGCUCCGGAAAUUUUCCACCUGUCCUUCACCAACGAUGACGACGAUUCGAACCUGAGCGCUAACGCCGUUCGAUGCCCAUUGUGUAAUUAUUCGAAACGCCAAUUCCACUGUAAAUUUUGCAUCCGCAAGGGAGAUUUCAUUCACUCAACCCAUCAUAUACUGGAAAGAUUCUCCGAAAAACAGCUUCGAUUAAUGAACCUAAAAUCCGCCCAUUCCACACUGGAGAGAAAAUGCGUAACCCUGCUGCAACGCCGGAGACUGAGCUGUCAACUUCGGGCGGAGAUAAAGCAGCGGACGGAGAACAUAGACAACAUUCGUAAAUUGAUGGCGCUGAAGCGAGAAAACGUAAACCAGCAGCAAGCGCUGAAAAAGGAGCUACAUGAACACAAUCGAUUACUUCGGAUGAAGCUGCCGCGCUGCGACGACAAGGUCAAAAUGAUUGGCGACUAUGUGCUGUCCAAGUUGGAGGAAAGCGAGCGACGCCGUGCCAGCCUAUUGGAAUUACAGGACAAACUGAAACAUUUGCGGAGGGAUCAGAUCGAAAAACUGAUUCGUUACAUAUUUCCUAUUUCACAAGCCAUUAGCAAUCGGAGUAGUUUCUCAAGUAGUGAUGGAGAGAGCAAGAACACAAUUAACGAAAUCUCGGACGCUACUAGAACGGCAUACGUCCGGGGAAAAUGGGUCCUGCAGGAUAGCUUCGGAGAAAUACAGCAUAUAAUAGUAGCGCCCGCUUUGCCAGGAAAUGGAAACUAUUCGGCGUACAAUGAUUGGGCCACCGUAAAUCCGGCUACUGAUGUCAAUUCUGCCGGAAGAAGCGAAGAUGCAGUUCGCAACAUGGCUAGUAGAAAUCCUGCCCAUACAAUCGCAGCGGCGUUAACUUACACGGCUCAACUGGUUCAAAUAAUGUGCUUCUAUCUGGACAUUCGUUUGCCGUACAAAGUUACCUACAGCGAUUUUUGCACAACAGCUCUCUCGGAGGCACAAUUCAACCGCAAGGUUGCUCGACUGAAUGCCAACAUUCUUUAUCUCUGCUACACUCAAGGUUGUCGCUUGAACGAAUUGCGACCCACCCAUACGCUUGAAAAUGUCCAAAAACUGAUGAACUCGACCCAUGCGGAUUUGGGCCGGUUUGGACCGAUGGACAGAAAUUUUUGCCUCAAUGAACCGGCCGAUGCCGCACUGACUCACCAUCUGGGCAUCGGUGAAGACUCCGACUCUGACGACGAAUCGAACAUUCACCAGGAUUGGGAGGCGGUUCCGAGCAAUCUACCACCUCCGGUAGAAACAAACAUUCUGCUGUUGGGCGGGACAGCAGGCGGAAAUGCGUUGCCCUACAGUAAUACUCAUCAUUACCAUACGCAGCAGCAGCAUCACCAUCAUCAUCCACCUCACCAUCAAACGACGACGACCAGUUUAAUGACGAGUGCGGUCGCCUCGGUCACCUCCUUCUGGAAAGGCUGGACCGGAGGAAAGUGAACCUCUUGGCGAUGGGUUGAGGUUGGAGUGAGAGGCGGAACCAGUGGGGCGAUAUCAGAAAUUACAAACAUCGUAUUUUAUCAAAGUUUUUAGUCGCCUAGUAGCCACAUAAAUCUUUUAUUUUUGUAUAACGCAUAGAAAUUAAUAAAUUUACAUUAUUUGCAUUUUUCUAAACAGUACAAAACCGUGAAUUUAUUUACAGAACUUUAUUUGAUCACAGUAACCAUUAUCCAAUGUUCAAUGAGAGCCAAUGCAAAAAACGUACAAAUAUGAGCAAAAUCCGCAUCCGCAAAAGUCUUGAAAAAGAUAAAUUCGACUUCGUCUUUGGAAAACUUGACUUUACAAAUUGAACUAAUAUAUUUUUAAUUAAAAAAAAUUCAAUUCGAACAUGAAAACACUACACUUGAAAAUGUAAUUUUUUGUUGCAUAGAUACUGUGUACAGAUUUUAUAACAGCAUCAUAGUAACUGUGAAAUCAUAUUUGUUUGCAAGCCUGUCAGCUGUCACACAUUUUUGCAUGCAGAGGUAUUAAAUAAUCGAACUAUAUUUUUGGAUUAUUACAAAUUUUUAUAUUUUAAACAUUUUAAU